UACUAGUAUAUAUAUAAACACUGAUGAUGCUCAUAUCUGAGUCCUAGUACAAACAUAUUAAUCGAGAAAAAUAAAAAGAUAAUCUGUGUGAGUUAGGAGCAAGCAAAUGAAUAAGCUGCCAGAGGACUGCAUCGCCAAGAUCCUUUCCUUGACAACGAUUGCCGACGUUUGCCGCUCAUCGGCGGUCUCCAGGAUCUUCAGAUCCGCCGCAGAAUUCGACAAUGUCUGGAAUCAUUUCUUACCGUCUGAUUUCCCCGCUGGUUUUGCGGCACCAGCUGGUCUUCCCACCAGGAAACAACUCUUCUUCUCCCUCGUCCAUAACCCUCUUCUUCUCAACGACGCCCAUCUGAGCUUUUCUCUGGAGAGAAAGAGUGGUAAAAAGUGCUACAUGAUGGCAGCGAGGUCCUUGAGUAUUGCUUGGGGGAAUGACAAAAGAUACUGGCAGUGGAUCACUCUACCUAAUACCAGAUUCUUAGAAGUGGCUGAUCUGAUCUAUGUAUGGUGGCUUGAGAUCACUGGAAAGAUUAACAUGAGCCUUCUCUCCGAUGACACCCUCUACGCCUCUUACCUUGUCUUUAAGUGGGACGAUACUCCAUACGGUUUUCGCCAGCCUGUAGAGGCAUCCCUUGUCACCGAGAUUACUGAUGAUGAUGUUCAGCCUUCCCUGGUCAGUCUCCUGCAAAAUCCAGACACUGAAGAAUCUCAUUGCGCUGCUAUGAGACGAGAUGGUUGGUACGAGGUGGAGUUGGGACACUUCUUCAAAAGGAGAGGGGAUAUGGGUGAGAUAGAGAUGAGCCUCAAGGAGACGAACCCUUUUGUAAAGAAAGGCCUUAUUCUUUCUGGUAUUGAGAUUAGGCCUAUGCCCCAUCCUACUGGCUAAUUCAAAAGAAGAAUUAAAUAGAACUCA